CGCUCCGAAGGACGAGCGGGCUGCGCUGCAGUCACCGCCGCCGCGCCGACUUUGCCCUUUAAAUCGGUCUGCAAGCCGAUUACAGCUGAUCUCCCACGUGACGUUUUACCUUCUGUCUCCCGGAGCGAGUUGCUCGAGGACAGUCCUCUUUCAACUGCCGCGCAUCGUGCCUCCCCAGCCAGCCUCGGGGGCUCCGGCUCCCGCAACUUCGUGCCAGGCAGCGGCCGGUGCCGGCGCCCUCACGGGGCCACUCUGCACGCGGGCGUCGGGGCUCGGGGGACUUUGCUUGGCCAGGAGGGCGGCGGUCGCGGCCGGGAACGUGCCCUGGCCACAGCCGGGCGCCCUUCGGACCCACGCGACGCCGUGCUGCGGAGGCCGGCGGGGUGCCCUGUGCUCUGCGUCGGGAAAGGGGGCGCCCUUCGCCAACCGAGACCGGAGCGGGCGCGCCCUGGGGGAGCCAGCCGGCAGAUGGCCGUGGUGGAGGGCUGAGCGCCCGCGCCCUCACCAUGCAGAAGAGCGUGCGCUACAACGAGGGGCACGCCCUGUAUCUGGCCUGCCUCGCCCGCAAGGAGGGCACUAAGCGCGGCCUCCUGAGCAAGAAGACAGCCGAGGCGAGCCGCUGGCACGAGAAAUGGUUCGCCCUCUACCAGAAUGUGCUCUUCUACUUCGAGGGCGAGCAGAGCGGUCGCCCGGCGGGCAUGUACCUCCUGGAGGGCUGCAGCUGCGAGCGGGCGCCCGCGCCGCCCAGGGCCGGUGCCGGGCCAGGCGGCUCCCGGGAUGCCCUGGACAAGCAGUAUUACUUUACUGUUCUUUUUGGCCACGAAGGACAAAAACCACUGGAGCUGCGCUGUGAGGAAGAGCAGGAUGGUAAAGAGUGGAUGGAGGCCAUUCACCAAGCCAGUUAUGCAGAUAUUUUGAUUGAGAGGGAAGUGUUAAUGCAGAAGUACAUUCAUCUAGUUCAGAUCGUAGAGACAGAAAAAGUUGCAGCUAACCAACUCCGGCAUCAACUUGAAGAUCAAGAUACAGAAAUCGAAAGGCUUAAAUCAGAGAUUAUCGCCCUUAAUAAAACCAAGGAACGAAUGCGGCCUUAUCAAAGUAAUCAAGAAGAUGAAGAUCCGGACAUCAAGAAGAUUAAAAAGGUUCAGAGCUUCAUGCGAGGCUGGUUGUGUAGAAGGAAAUGGAAGACCAUCGUGCAGGAUUACAUUUGUUCUCCUCAUGCGGAAAGUAUGAGGAAGAGAAACCAGAUUGUGUUCACCAUGGUUGAGGCCGAGUCAGAGUAUGUUCACCAGCUCUGCAUACUGGUCAAUGGCUUCCUCCGGCCCCUGCGGAUGGCCGCCAGCUCCAAAAAGCCACCCAUCAGCCACGAUGAUGUCAGCAGUAUUUUUCUCAACAGUGAAACAAUUAUGUUUCUUCAUGAAAUAUUUCAUCAAGGACUGAAGGCAAGAAUAGCUAACUGGCCUACUCUAAUUUUAGCUGAUCUGUUUGAUAUUUUGCUCCCCAUGCUGAACAUUUAUCAAGAAUUUGUGCGUAAUCACCAGUACAGCCUCCAGGUGCUCGCCAAUUGUAAGCAAAACAGAGAUUUUGACAAACUCUUAAAACAGUAUGAAGCCAACCCUGCCUGUGAAGGGAGGAUGCUGGAAACAUUCCUCACCUACCCAAUGUUUCAGAUCCCCAGGUAUAUCAUCACACUUCAUGAACUCCUAGCUCAUACACCCCAUGAACAUGUGGAGAGGAAAAGUCUGGAGUUUGCAAAAUCAAAACUAGAAGAACUGUCUAGGGUAAUGCAUGAUGAAGUGAGUGACACUGAGAACAUAAGGAAGAACCUUGCAAUAGAAAGAAUGAUCGUAGAGGGCUGUGACAUUUUGCUGGACACCAGUCAAACUUUCAUCCGCCAAGGUUCUCUUAUUCAAGUACCUUCCGUUGAGAGGGGGAAACUUAGUAAAGUUCGCCUGGGUUCAUUGUCUUUGAAAAAGGAAGGAGAAAGACAAUGCUUCUUAUUUACAAAACACUUUUUAAUUUGUACAAGAAGUUCAGGAGGAAAGCUGCAUCUGCUCAAGACAGGUGGGGUUCUCUCCCUAAUAGAGUGUACGUUGAUUGAGGAGCCCGAUGCAAGCGACGAUGACUCCAAAGGUUCUGGCCACAUGUUUGGACACCUGGAUUUUAAAAUAGUGGUCGAGCCUCCCAACGCUGCUCCUUUUACUGUGGUCUUGUUAGCGCCUUCGCACCAAGAGAAGGCUGCUUGGACCAGUGACAUAAGUCAGUGUGUGGACAAUAUACGGUGUAAUGGUUUAAUGACUAUAGUGUAUGAAGAGAAUUCCAAAGUAACUGUGCCACAUAUGAUUAAGUCUGAUGCCCAUCUUCAUAAAGAUGACACCGACAUUUGCUUCAGUAAAACACUCAACUCCUGCAAAGUGCCCCAGAUCCGUUAUGCCAGUGUGGAGCGCCUCUUGGAGCGGCUGACAGACUUGCGGUUUCUUAGCAUUGAUUUCCUUAAUACCUUUCUACACACCUAUCGCAUUUUCACUACAGCAGCUGUGGUGCUGGAUAAGCUUUCUGACAUAUACAAGAGGCCUUUUACCUCCAUCCCUGUCAGGUCAUUGGAAUUGUUCUUUGUUACCAGCCAAAACAACAGAGGUGAACAUUUGUUGGAUGGCAAAUCCCCACGCCUGUGUAGAAAAUUCUCUUCCCCACCACCACUGGCUGUGUCCAGAACAUCCUCCCCAGUGAGAGCCAGAAAGCUGUCCUUGACUUCUCCCUUGAACUCAAGGAUAGGAGCGUUGGACCUGACCACUUCCUCAGCAUCCAGCAGUCCUACCGCCACUCACAGCCCUGCUGCAUCCCCACCACCACAUGCUGGUAAAGUACCACUGGAUCUUAGCAGAGGCCCUUCUUCUCCAGAGCAAAGCCCGGGAUCUGUAGAAGAGCAUGCAGAUAACCCCCGUGUGGAUCUGUGUAACAAGCUAAAACGAAGUAUUCAAAAAGCAGUCCUGGAGUCUGCACCUAUGGACCGAGCAGGAGUGGAAAGCUCCCCAACGCCGGACGCCACAGAACUUUCACCUUGCAGGUCACCCUCAACUCCUCAGCACCUCCGCUGUCGCCAGCCUGUAGGACAGACGGCUGACAACUCCCACUGCUCUGUUUCACCUGCCUCUGCUUUUGCGAUUGCCACAGCUGCUGCAGGACACGGGAGUCCACCAGGAUUUAACAACACUGAGAGAACCUGUGACAAAGAGUUUAUUAUACGCAGAACAGCCACCAACCGAGUGCUGAACGUCCUCCGCCACUGGGUCUCUAAGCACGCACAGGAUUUUGAACUCAAUAACGAACUAAAGAUGAACGUCCUAAAUUUGCUAGAAGAAGUUUUGCGAGACCCAGACCUUCUUCCUCAGGAAAGGAAAGCCACAGCGAAUAUCCUAAGGGCCCUUUCACAAGACGAUCAAGAUGACAUCCACCUAAAAUUAGAGGAUAUUAUUCAACUGAUGAAUUGUCCAAAGGCCGAGUGCUUUGAGACCUUGUCUGCCAUGGAGCUGGCUGAGCAGAUCACCCUCCUGGACCACAUUGUCUUUAGAAGCAUUCCCUACGAAGAAUUUCUUGGACAGGGGUGGAUGAAGCUGGAUAAAAAUGAAAGAACACCUUACAUUAUGAAAACCAGCCAACACUUCAAUGAGAUGAGUAACCUGGUGGCCUCCCAGAUAAUGAAUUAUGCUGAUGUCAGCUCCCGUGCCAACGCAAUUGAGAAGUGGGUGGCAGUGGCGGACAUUUGCCGAUGCCUGCACGACUACAACGGCGUGCUGGAGAUCACCUCAGCCUUAAACAGAAGUGCCAUCUACAGGCUGAAGAAAACUUGGGCCAAGGUGUCCAAGCAGACAAAGGCUCUAAUGGACAAGCUUCAGAAGACAGUUUCAUCUGAAGGAAGAUUUAAAAAUCUCAGAGAAACUCUUAAAAAUUGUAACCCCCCUGCCGUCCCUUACCUGGGGAUGUACCUGACAGACCUGGCUUUUAUUGAAGAAGGAACACCAAACUUUACUGAGGAAGGCCUUGUCAAUUUCUCCAAAAUGAGAAUGAUAUCACACAUCAUCAGAGAAAUACGCCAGUUCCAGCAGACAUGCUAUCGAAUAGACCAUCAGCCAAAGGUCACUCAGUACUUGCUUGACAAAGCCCUCAUCAUAGAUGAAGAUACACUGUAUGAGCUGUCGCUAAAAAUUGAACCUCGGCUCCCUGCGUGAAGAUCCAGCCUUCCGCUGAGCCCAUGGAAUUUUCAUGGAAAGCAGGACAGACAGAACUGUGUAUGCCAUGCCUCUGGUGGUGCAGCGAAGACAGGGGAUGGAGAUGAAACAUCUCCUCUGUCCACCAAAGAAGACAGAACCGAACUGGAAUUCUGUCUCCAGCCAGGGAAAAGCAGCUGUUUGGGGUCAAAAACAGACACUUCAUACUUGGGUGGGAAAGUGAAAAGGUUGAUAUUUGGUAAAGCUGAUGGCACAUUUUGCGUAUGUGAAUGUCAGAGGGGAGAUGCUGGUAGCCAUGCUAGUGAAGCUGGAAGAAGGUAAAUUUCAAACUCUGCUAGUGUUCUGUUAGCACUUGGGGACAAGGAUCCAUGGAGAGGCCUGUGAUGUUUCUCUGGCACUUUACUGGCCUGGUACACCGACCAAUCCCAUCCUAGGGUUUAACUGCUUCCGUUACAUUUCCUCUGUCACAAGCUUUCAGAAAAGCCAAGGCUUUCUCCGUCGGGCUGGGCCAACACAUAAGCAAUCUCAGUCCACAGCAUGUGCAUGGUUUCCAGUGCAUCAUGGAUAUUUAUAUUGGAAGAAUGGCAUGUUCUGAAACUGCUUUUUCAGUCUUUAGAAAACAGGACAGGAAAGACAAGAUGAAAGUCAGAAGGAUUUGUACAUAACAUUUCCUUGAAUAAAAACUGAGUAGGCUGUGCCCCAGAGGAUUCCAGCCAGUGGCCCUUUUGAAGUGGGGGUAGAAGCUUCUUUCUGAGGCUGUUGUGCCCAAGAAGCCACUGGCCUUGGAGAGGCGAGUGCAGAGUUCUCCAAAAGGAGCCUUUGCAGCCCGCCAACUAAGCUGUAGAGUGAGCAGAAGGCCCCAGAGGCCAUGGGAAGAGUGGGUUUCAACACUGAGUGAAAAGAUACAUUUAUUAAUUAUCUCUGCACCUGGCUGGGCUUGUUUUCUUUUCUCAUCAUCAUAGUAAUGGAGGAAUCUAUUCUGAUUUACACAAACCAUUUUUAGGUUCACUAUGAACGUCAGUUGUAUUUUUUUAAAUCUGUUUAAUAGAAUUUUCUUUUUAAAACCCACACUUCCAUGUGCUGUUGGUAGACACUUUCUCCCCAGUCACCUUUGCUUUUACAUUUGGGGAUAUUUCUGAGUGAAAACAUUGUAAUAUAUGGGAAAUAGGCCCAACCACUCAACAGCUUUUAUAUCAGAAAACCAAAUGCGGGUGUUAGUCCUGUACCUGAGGCUGGGGAAGUGAUCUUGCUUUUCCCAGGAUUGUGGUUGUGGAAUAAAUAGGGCUAUCUCAUGUUUACCUCCCUCUUCUCUUCUCAGAGAGACCUCUGCUUUAAGAGAAGGAAGAGAAAAAAUACAAAGUUAUUGUUACCUGAGCCUAUUGCACCUGACAUCUUCUCUUAGAAGCAUGAAGCAUAUUGAUGCCGACAAUGAAAAAACUGAUCUAUUUUUCCUCUUUCUCUGCACUUUAAAUUAUGCUUUUAGAACUAACAGCUAAUAAAUUCAACUUGCUGGCUUUCAUGACCCAGUGGAAGCACUGGCAUUGAUAAUGUACCAUAGAGGUGGAGAAUGUAUAUUUUUCCUGCAUGGUAAGGGCCAUCUCUGUACAUAACUAUGUAGUCGAAUAUCGAGUAAGUAAAAGAAAAUAUUUACAAUAUUUGAAGACCAUUCCAAAAUAUUUUUAACAGCUCAUAUUAGCCAACAGUGUAGCACUAAACCCAAGGAGGGUUACUUAUGGAUGCAUUAGAUUUCUUUUUCUGGAAAGUUGCUUGUUUGUUCUCUUUUGUUUCAAAUAAGAGGUUGAUGCAUCUUGACGCAUGAUAAGAAGCAUGGGUUGUUUGGAUCCUAACUGCAUAACUUGCAAUUUAUUCCUCAGUGUUCAGAAACUGAGGAUUUAUAUAGGUCAGUUGCACCUCAAGGUCUUGCAGAAGAAAAGUUAAAUAAGGAUGAAAUUUCUUGGCUCAAAAACAUGGUCUUGGAAGGCAAACUAAAACCAGGAUCAAUCAGUGAAAGGACCACACUUAGCCGUUCCAGGUGAAACAAUGUGUGAAAAGGUUGAUGCACUGGAAUCCCCAAAGUCUUCCAGAGAGCAGGGAUUGUCUCUGUGUGCAUUUUCCCUGGAAGUUUGGACCCUUAUUUCUCUGACCCAAAUAUUCCAGAGGCACCAGUGCCAUUCUUAUUAAAGAAAAAUAGGAGGUAGAGGAAUGUCCAAAUGUUCUUCCCCAUUUGGAAUGCAGGUUUUCCUCAUCUAGUUAACAAAACUUUUGCCACCUAUUUCCUGAAGAAGGUUGGAAGUGACCCUCCCCAUCCUCCUCCUCCCACCCACGGUGGUCAGCUAUGGGCAUGGGUGGUCAGUUCUGGGCACUGUCGGUUGCUAUGUUGAGCUAUAGCAUUUUAUGGAGUUACAAGCCCUUCCUUCUGUUUCCUAUAAUCUGAAGCCUUGCUGGAUUAUAGAGAGAACACCUCCCAGUGAGCAUCUUCUUUUGAUGACCUGCACCAUUUCUGGGCCAGCUGGGAUAAGAAUGUGCACUUUGAAAAUCUCAGUUUGAUUACAUUUAAAAUCCCCAAGAGUAAUCUGUGGUGUUUCUCCUGAUUAGGUGCCUGUCCUCUCUGCUUUUCAAGCUUUGUGUGUACUGUUGAAGCAUGCACUCCAAGCUGCGACUGCCUAUAUUUCAUUGUAUGAGACCCAUUUCUAAGAGUAGAUGGUUAGUCAUCCUCUAAUAACCAACUGGCAAACACUUAUAUUAUUGCAAAAUUAACCUAGAAAAUCAGAAGUAAAAUCCAAUUUCAUGCUUUCAGAUGAAUACCCACAUUUUAUACUGUCAGUGAAAUUAUAUUAGGGCUUUUAGGGGAUGUCUUUGGUUACUAACUAAGAUACACAGUUUUGCUGCAGGGAAAAAUAUCUUAUGAUUACUGUUUGUUAAAUUUGUUGAAGAAGUAUUUAAAAGUAAAUGAAGCUCAUAGAUAUUGAAUCUUGGAAGAGAACAAUCCUUUAAUUCUAAUUUGGAGUGUGUGUGGAUGUAAUGGGACAGCACCUCUUCUGUCACAGUGUAAUACGAGACAGGAUACCUUGAAUCAGUAGGGGUAGGGCCACCUUUAAAUACUUAACUAACAAGAGCAAUGCAAUGAAAGAGUUAUUCCUAAUAAAAUUAAUUUUUAUUUUAAAGGAUUUUAUUUGGCUUUUCAAAAUUUGAUUUUGUUCCCCCUGGAAAAAAAUAUUUCCCUUUGCUUUAAAUAAGAUUUUUUUCUUCAGUCCAAUCUGUAAAGUUGGUCAUUCUUACUACUAUUAAAAUGGGAUAAAAUAUAAUGCAUUCUUUAUGGCUACAGACUAGAGCCAGGUUAAUGUCCACAGACAGAAGGAAUAAAUGAAUAAGAUUCAUUUUCAUUUCAACAAGACAACCAAUUGUAAGUUUGAAUAAUGACUUGAUCACAGAUGCCUCUAUAUGAAUCCUGGUAAUAAGACUUGAGUCAGUGAAACCUAAUCAGAGUGUUAUUUCUCCUCCUCAAUUAGUGACUUGAAAUUAAGGCGGGACAGAGCUAAGGCAGAGAACAACUGUUUUGUUGUAGGUAUAACACAUGAAUGAUUCAGAAAAUUAUUCAUCUUGGUUGCCACACAGCAGGACAUUGACAGUAGGACUGAUUGUCCUUAAUCUCAUCUGCUCAAGAAGAGUAACAAUUGUAUGUAAUGGUGUUGAACCACCAACUUUUGCACAACCUAUUUCACUUUUCCUGAGAAAGGUAGUUGUGAAAAAGCACUGGACUAGGUGUCCUAGCCCUGAGUCCCAGGCCCAGAUCUACAUCUAUACCCUGAGAAACCUUGGGCCAGUGCUAAAAUCUCUCUGAGCCUCAGUUUCCUUAUCUGUAAAGUGGAGUUGAUAGUAAUUCCUGUGCUGCCUACCUCACAGGGCUGUUAUGAGGACAAAAUGGGUUAGACUAAACUUUGAAGUGCUGUCCAAAUGUGAGGUAACACGCUUACCAUUCUCAUCUCUCUUUUGCAGAGGAUUUUAAUGUAUUUCUUUAUUGUUUAUGCAUAUGAUGGACAAAUCCAUGUGUUACUUGGGGAGACAUUGUUUGUGUCCCGCUACUUUGCGAUACUGCUGACAUUUGUGAUUCUGACAGAGGGGUCUGUGCUGUGACCUAACACUUGCCCAGUGAGGUGUGGGUUAUGCCCAUAUGCAAAUUAAACUUCACCUUUCUUGAAUCCCCAAACAUCUCAUUAGUAUCUUCACUUGAUUCUUUUCACAUUUUUCUACAUUGUCUUCUUUGAAGCAAUGGGUUCCUUCAGAAGUUCUUUGACUUCUAAAGUUCAGAGGGAAAAAUGUUUAGAAGAAGCCAAUGUGGCAGGCACUAAAAUAUCAGAGAAUUCGUCUAACGGCAGCUCAACCCUCGUGCACGGCAGAGCUGCAGG